CAUUCUAUUGCAAACGCUUGUGUAGAACGUCUCGUGAAUCUUAAGUGUAUAAUUUGUUGAAGUGUUUUAAUUGUAAAUCGCACUUCCCCAAAAAUGGAGGAAUGCCGCACGCCUACAAACAACGCCCAAUUCACCUUCACUCGUACGCCCACUUUGCGCAGAGAUCCCAAAUGGAAUGGCUUAAAAGUUAAUACCCUCAAUGUACGUUGCUCGACCCCCAUACGUUUCGACUUUCGUUCGCCGAACUUAUCGCCCAUCAAAAAUGCACUGGGAUGCAAAAGUCCGGCCACACCCAUGUGUGCAACCAUGUUCAAGAAGCCGAUUCUCAAACAGCAGCAGCAGCAGCAACGUCCGCUGAUGGCGAUCAAAACAGCCAAAACUGCCGUCAAACUUCCCAAGAAACUGGACAAGAGUAACUGCAGUUUUGAGCUCGGCUCAGAUGAUUCCUCCAGCAGCGGCAACAGUACGGAUAAUUCGCUGUGCUCAGAGACCCGGCGCCUUUCAAUUCGAGCCUCCAACCAUUCCUAUGUGGUCAAUCAUGCGGUCAACGUGGAGGAUGUACUCAUUCGUGUGGGUCUAGAGAAUUAUAUGGAUACAUUCCUACAGGCUAAAAUUGAAGUGGCCGAUUUGGUUUGUAUGGGACGUGAUGAUCUGAAGAAUAUGGGAUUGCGCCGGGAGGAGGAUUGCACUCGCAUACUUGAAGUGCUGCGUACUCUGUAGGCGGUACCUUAUAGCAUUCAGCGGCUGGGCCGUCAAGCUGUUCAUUAGAUUAAGUUUUAAAAUAUCAUAAGUUCCAAAAUUUGUAUGUCAGCUUUCAUAAUAAAGCAAUGAUUUCUUUUAAAUUUGUCAA